CCGCAGCUACGGAGCCAAACUGCUAAUCGCGCCUCGAAGUCCGUUUCCGCUGCCCGCAGAGCUCACGCCAAGGAGGAAUGGAUUCCCAGGACUGUCCCUGCGUUAGUGGUGGUGCCUGCACCUGCGGCAACAACUGCCAGUGCAAAAACUGCAAAUGCAAGUCGUGCAGAAAGAGCUGCUGUUCCUGUUGUCCGGUGGGCUGCAGCAAGUGUGCCCAGGGCUGCAUCUGCAAAGGGCCCCCUGCGAGCAAAUGCAGCUGCUGCAAGUGAAUCUUCUCAGGCUGUCUGAGCCCUGAUCUGUAUAUUUGAUUGCCAGCAAAAAUGUAACCUUAUUGUCCAUUUAUAUAUUUUCCUGUGCAUUUUUUUGUAGCCUUUAGGUGUGAAAAUAAGCUACCUGGAAAGUAACAAAAGUUAUGCAGAAAGUAAUAAAGCUGUUGUGUAUGUAAGUAA